AUGUACCCUAUCUCUGGGCGGAACGAUACCCUCGAACGACCGUCCACCUCCGGACGAAACUUUGGAAAAUUAUACUCUACCCCCGACCUCCGACCUGUUAAAACGUUUUCCCGGUCUCCCUUCCUCUCCCAAUUCCUCUUUUGUUGCAUGAAAGUCUCCAAGUUCCUCCACCUCCUCAGGCAACCCUUCAAUAACCAAAACGCGGGGUAA